CUGCUUUAGUACGUCCUUCAGUGGAAAACAGCAAACAGUUUUUGAUGGCGGUUGCCUUAUCCUCUCCCGGCGUCGCCUUUCAUCUUCAUUCGCCGGCGUUAUCUUCAUCGUCAGGUGUAUCCGCCAAUAGAUUUCUCUUUCAGAACCAGAACGCUAGCCCUAGUCUUCUAUCUCUUCCAACUCGUCGUCCUUCUCGCUCUGUAUUUCUUUUUGCUCGUAGGAAGAAUCGAAAGGGAUUCGUUUCUUCGUCGUCUCCAAAGAAGAACAAAAAGAAAAGUUUUGGAGGUGAGGCGGCGGAGGAGGAGGAUGAUCCAUUUGAGGCACUGUUUAAUCUACUUGAAGAAGAUUUGAACAAUGAUAAAUCUUCAAUAGAUGACGAGGAGAUAAGCGAGGAAGACUUAGAUAGACUAGCAGCAGAGUUAGCUGAAGUAUUGGGUGGUGGUGACGAUGUUGAUGGCAUCGACUUGUUCGGUUCAGUCACUAGUGAUGUUGCUGAUGAUGAAGAAGAUGAUGGCAAUGAUGAUGAUAUCGAGGAUGAUGAUGAUGAAGAUGACAGCGAAGAAGAAGAUGAAAGACCAACGAAGCUGAAGAAUUGGCAGCUUAGGAGAUUGGCUUAUGCAUUGAAAGCUGGGCGGCGUAAGACUAGUAUAAAGAAUCUGGCAGCUGAGCUAUGUCUUGACAGGGCUUAUGUGCUUGAACUGCUACGUGACCCUCCUCCAAAGCUUCUAAUGCUAAGUGCUACAUUACCAGAUGAGAAGCCGCCAAGAGCAGCACCUGAGAACUCAUCAAAUCCUCUGGAAUCAUCAGCAGCUGAAGAUGCUGCUGCUGUAGAGGUCGAACCUGAGGAAAAAGUCAAAGAUGAAGCAGUACAUGUGAUGCAACAGAGAUGGUCUGCUCAGAAGAGAGUGAAGAAAGCUCACAUUGAAACACUAGAGAAAGUUUACAGGAGAUCGAAACGCCCCACUAAUGCUGUGGUUAGCAGCAUUGUUCAAGUGACCAAUCUUCCAAGGAGGCGUGUUUUGAAGUGGUUUGAAGAUAGAAGAGCAGAGGAUGGAGUUCCAGAGAAGCGAGCUCCCUAUCAAGCUCCGGUUUAAUUUAUCAAUGUUUCAUAUUGGAAAAGUCAAAAUUAUAAUGACCUCCCGGUUCGGUUUGGUUUCCUUCAUUUUUUAAAUUAAAUAAAUGUUUUUUCCUGUCGGCCCAAAUUUAUUAAUAAAGCCCAAAGGGUACUAUUAAAGUAGAA